UGUACGCGCACGCUCCCACCCUCACCCCUCCCGCGCCUUACGCGAGGGAUGGGUGCGCUAGAAAACAUGCUUCACAACAGAUCAUCUCCAAAGUCGCCUUCCGCAUACUGACACCUAAUCCGAGGACAUCAGAAGUGUGACAUAAUCCUCAAGACAUCUCCAAACUGCAACCCCUUCCAAACGGGGCGCCAAGGGUGCUUUAGAGGGACUCUGUGUGUGUGUGUGUGUGUGUGUGUGUGUGUGUGUGUGUGUGUGUGUGUGUGUGUGUGUGUGUGCGUGUGCGUGUGCGUGUGUGUGUGUGUGUGUGUGUGUGUGUGUGUGUGUAAGGCCCACUUGAGUGUUUUGUUUUUUUGCAGGGUCGAGAAAGAGGGGGCGGGGCUCCGAGACGUCAGCGCGCACUUGACUAUAAAUGCCGUCCGGCCGCCUCCUGCCCGCGCUAUGGUGUUACGCGCAGAGCACAGUGGAACAUCUGCAAAGCUGUCCAAAGUAUAAGGACCCGCUCACGUGGAAACUACUAUCAUACUUUUUUUUGGGGGGGGUCACAUUUUGGUAACGGAAGAAAAUGGAGAAUAAAAACCUACGGUUGUUUUGGUUACGAUAUCCAGGUUAUGUGAAAUUUUGGCGAUUAUGAACAUUUACGCGCGGCGCAGUUGACGUUGAGUCCAGUCAGUGGCCCCCUCCCCGCUGUGGAUAUAACGGACCUUUUUUGUUAAAGUUAAAGAGACGACACGCAAGUAGCUCACAGCCGCCGCCCCCCCCCCCCCCACCCCCCUGAAAGAGUCGUUCCGUUUCUGUCGCCGUUUUUGGGGGUUUUCUUUUUUGCGCAUCGCCGCGUGUGCGGUGGAGGACACACUGAUGUCUUCAUUUGACUUGUCGUCUGCGUUGGAGAUGGUGGAGCUUCCUCGGCUUUCCAGCGUGGAAACGUAGCAUCCAAUUCAUCGGCGACUGCGACCCGUUCCCCCAGAGCGUCUCGGCCACCUUUGGACUCCACGGUGCGCAGAGGACGCGUGGUGCGCUACCUUCCUCCUAGACGUGGUUUUCUAUGCGUUUCUGGAAACGAUUCAUGAUUUUGUGAAGUGAAUCCCAAAUAAUAUCAUCGGGCCUGACUGUUUGAAGAAUUAUCAACUGUCAACAACAACAACAACAAGAAAACCAUUGGUAUAGUGGACUAAGCUUGGGACGUUAAAUGUGGCUAUACUUCCAUUUGGAUUUGACGAAAAGCCGCAAAGUGUUUGCAGGUCUGCAUGGACCCUAUUUAAGAUUCCUUUUUAGGAACCGAGUCUAAGAUGAAGUUAUGGGACGCGUUGGCAAUGUGUUUGUUGCUCCUGAGCUCAGUCUCCGCGAGGCCCCUCUACCGAAACCUUCACCCAGCCAAGAAGCCCUAUUUCCCCAGUAGCCACAGCGACUCCCUGGCCCCUUCCCUGGAGCAGGAGGACGAGGAGGAGGACAAACCGGAAUUCCCCAAAGACCGUCGCCUCCAGGGGAUGUCCGUGGAGGAGCAGUAUGACAUCGCUGACCCUUACCCGGAGCAGUUCGAUGACGUAAUGGAUUUUAUCGAGGCCACCAUCGGCCGACUCCGGCGGUCUUCCGAGACGGGCGCGGAGAUGCGGGGAAGGAGGGAGCAGCAGGCGAGACAGAGGGGAGCAGCAAACACAGGAGGAGAAAGAGGAGGAGAUGGCUAUGGAGGAGAAAGAGGAGGAGGAGGAGGACACAGGGACAAGAGGAAAGGUCGCGGGCGGAACGGGGGUCGCGGCGGUAAGGGAGGCCGCUCGGAGAAGCCCAAGGACAGCAUCGCCGUGACGACGCGCGGCUGCCUGCUGAAGGAGGUGCACCUCAACGUCACGGACCUGGGGCUGGGCUACCGCACCAAAGAGGAGCUCAUCUUCCGCUACUGCAGCGGGCCGUGCGUGGAGGCGGAGACCAACUACGAUAAGAUCCUCAACAACCUCACGCACAACAGGAAGCUGGACAAGGAGGCGCCGUCGCGGACCUGCUGCCGCCCCGUCGCCUUCGACGACGACCUGUCCUUCCUGGACGACGACGUGGUGUAUCACACGCUCAAGAAGCACUCGGCGAGGAGGUGCGCCUGCGUCUGAAAGGGGGGGGGGGGGGGGGGGGGCGUGCGGCGAGAGACUCACAUCGCGAGAGACUGACAUCGUGAGAGAGUCACAUCGCGAGAGUCACAUCACGAGCCAUGGCUGAUGUCAAAAGUCACGAGACGCCACCAAACAGCUGCUAUAUCCAAAAAGAACCUUCACCCACAUGGCGAUACACGAUCGAUAUGCGAGCCGACGAGAGAGGUGUCUGGCUUUCUCUGUGGAUCGCUCUGGCAGGUCGGCUCAAGAAGAGAAUCUUGGGUAUGUCGUGGGUAAGCGUAUACCCGACGAAUGACAUCACAUGCUUCAUUUUGAACGAUGACGUAGCAAGCCUGCAAAGAGAAGGGGAUUUUAGUGUUUCCUUCAGAGCAGAGAUGAGAAUUUCGUGAAGGUGACCUAACUAAAAAAAACAUUUGUUUCUUUUUUUUUCAAACGGAAAACCGACACAGGCCGGGUAUAUCCGUUUGCAGAUAUGUCGCUAUUAUAUAUACAGACUGUCCUUUCUUAACUGAAGGCAAGACUGAAGCAGAGGCUCUACUGUGAGAAAGUUGGCCAGCGAUGCCAGUAUUUGCUUUGGGAACAUUCGUUUUUCCCAGGAACAUCGAUUUUUCAUGUCUUGGGCUCCGAACUCUCUGGAGGCACGGAGAGUGACCCUGAGAUGGACAGAAAGAAGUUUAACUGCAGUCCAAUUCCCUUUCCACUGCAAAAACCUGGAUGUAGACCCUUAUACAACCCCAGGACCAAGGGACGAGUAUUUCCACACAUUUCAAGCGAAGACAUUAUUUUUUUCUUGGUGCAAAAACACGUCUAUGUAAAAUCCGAAAAAAACACAUAAAUGGAAUAUAUGUAAGAGAUGUAUUUAUUAAUACGAAAUUAACUUAUUGAUAUUUAUUGCAAUCCAUUGUAUGAAAGAAAUGUUUUUUUGUUUUGUUCAGUUUUCUUAUUUAUUUAAAACGGCUUUUGUUCUGUCCUUGAUAGUGCCAAAGUGAAGCGUAUAUUUAAGGGAGGGGGGGGGCGUCCGGCAGAGAGGAAGCAGCACAUAGGUACAGCCACAGCUCAUCAAACUCAAACGCCACAGUAACGCACACUGUUCCAACCCAAGUUCACACAAUUCCGCAAUAUCCUAAAUAAUACACAUCCGUUUGCCGAUUCCAAGAACAUUGUGGAAUUAUUCAGAGUUAGAGAGA